AUGGAAGCAAGAAACGUAGAGAUCAAGUCACGAGCUAGUACUCUGUUCGUUAGAUUCUAUCUCUCUGUAGGACACAACAGAAAGGUCGAAUGUCAAGGGAACGAAGCAGCAGUCGAUGAACUGAAGCAGCAGAGAGCCGUUUUCGAGCUACGGAGGAAGAAAAAGGCGUCGUUGCUUAGGAAGUCACUGAGAUCGGAGAUAGCUCUAAAAGUCCAAGCUUUAGAAAUGGAAAAGAUGUUGAUCAUCAACAAGAAAGAGAAGAGAUUAGAGAAGCUUUGUGUGUGUUGUAGCAGUAGAGAUUGUGGAAGUUGCAAUUGUUUAGAUUACGAAGCUUUUGCUUUAGCUUGUGCUUUAGAUUGUACUAGAAUUUUGCCCUCUGCUAUGCAGGGGGAU